AUGGAAAGAGAAGCAUCCCAUUCGCUUCAACUGUCCAGCUGUGCAUGCCUUUGCGUUGAGCAGUUGAAGGGGCAGAGAAUUGAUUCAUCGGAUCCAAAUUAUGGAAAACUGUGUAACACCGUGUUUACACACGAGGUUAUGUAUAACGAAACGAAAGGGGGUGAGGAGCCGGUGCGAGUACGAAAGAAGGAAGUGGAUUUAUAA